UCAAAUCACUAGAGUCGAGUUCAGCCUGUCCGCCUGUGCACCUGUCGUCUACAACUCCGUGGAGCUCAUGGUUUAUUCUUCCUAGCAAGGGAACACGAUUUAACAAAAAAAUGCGUUAGGUAGGCCUGCACGUAUUUUUUCAUAUUCAUAAACAAUUCAUAUUUAACGUAAGACCUUUACUUUAAUAAUCAUGAAGAAGGGAACGUUGCAUUUUUUGGGUCGAAAGAAGCAAUCCCUUUUCGACACCAACAACCCUGUUAAGAUCCAGACGAUGGAGAACGGCCUUUCACAUAACAUGGAUCUGAUGUUGGAUUCGUCGGCCAUCCCCGACACGGGCACGGCCAAAGUGCGCCCCCGACCCACUGUCAAACACCACACCUCCUCGUCUGAAAGUGUUUAUGGGGUUGCGGUUCCGACCCCAACGGUCCCUAUGUUCUCUACGUUCAACGGACUACAGGGUGAGGGGAAAGAAGGGGAUCGACUGUCCAUUGGAUCGGCUAUAUCUUUGAACGAUCCUAUUGAGGGGAACAUUUUCGUUCCCCCUCCGCCUUCUGUGGCGCCCCCACCCCCACCCACACAGUUUAUCCUCCCUCCACCUGAUUUCAUGGGGGAACUAGACAGCCCUAACAGGGCAAUGAUUCAGCGGCCUAGUAUGCCUCCUCCAAAACCUCCUUCAGAGCCACCAGCAUUACAGGAUCUCGCCUUUAUGAAACCCCCACCCAUGACUCCUCCAAAACCUCCUUCAGAGCCACCAGCAUUACAGGAUCUCGCCUUUAUAAAACCCCCACCCAUGACUCCUCCAAAACCUCCUUCAGAGCCAACAGCAUUGCAGGACCUCACCUUGCUAAGACCCCCACCCAUGACUCCUCCGAAGCCUCCGUCAACUUACUCCAGUGCCUCCACCCCGAUUUCCACACCACCACCCAGCGUGGUUCCAGGGCUCCCCGAUUGCCCAAAAUUUGCACCACCCAAACCCCCUCCUGAAAAGCCAAAGAAACCAGGGAAGGCACCGCCCCCAACGCCCACUAGGAUGUCUUCGAUCGCUGGGACCGACGCCUUCAUCGAGCCGUACCCUCCUGCUGCCUCCCACCAGAUGAACACCCCCUCCAGUUUCAAUCCCCAGAAUAAUGCUAAACUUUACAAUGCUCCCAAAACCUCCAUUGUCAGUGGGCAGGGGGACUUUGACCCAAGACCAAAGCAGAUCUUGCUCUUACAACCCUCUAGUCCCGAUGCUGUCCAGGUAGAUGGAAAAGCCUCACCUACUCCACCAUCCAAACCGAGCCGUGGUGCUGCCCCGGCUGAAACCCAGCUGGACAGAGAACCCAAGAUGAACCCUCAAGCUAACAUUACAGCAAAGACAGCACAGUCGCAACCUAAGCCUGAGGCUAAACCUGUUAUUUCAAGCCUACAGGAAAAGGACCUUGCCCCAUCUCUUCCUCCAGUAUCAACAAAGUCGAGUAAAGAACUUUCAACUCAAGAUCUCUUAAAAGUCAGUCACAAGGGCAAUUACAGCCCCCUAAUAGAUCGCAAACUGCGGAACUUAAAGGGACCUGAAACAAGUGGGUCCUCAACUUCUCCCUUCGCCCUGUUGCAAGCAGCAAAGGAAAGGGAGAAAAACAGAUCACCCAAGACUAGUUUUAAGCACAGACACUCUUCUCCCAACUCCUUUGUUGUCACACCCAGGUCAAACUCAAUUUCCUCAACGACCCAUGAGAAUGGACGGGAAGAGGACUCACGGUCAACAUAUAGUGCUGCAGGGCCCAUGUCAACAGCACAAACCCAACCGCUCCACCUCGCCCCUCCAGCGGUCCGGAGUCCAGCUGCACCCAGCACUCCAGCUUUCGGUGGGUCGUCAACAGCGGGGACAUCCCCGUCGUUGGGCAGACUAGCCUCUGAGAAGCAAGAGGUCAAGCAAGCCAGCCCGUCACUCGACUACAGAAAGAGUGAGGCCAAUCCUCCAGAAACACCCAUGACAUUGCUCCCUCCGCCACCAGAGUUUUCCAACUUUAAUUUCAAUGACAUUAUGGAUUUACCUCCGGACUUUCCUCCACCCGAUCCUCCGAAAAAGAAGGCACCAGUAUCAAUAAUAAAACCUGUCUAUGCUGCUCCGGCUCCUCCACCCAAACCAGCUUCACCUGCUCCUUCCCAGGCUCCAACCCCGGCGCCUCCUCCCAAACCUAAAUCCGCUGCGCCCGCUCUGUCCCCGCCUCCGCCUCCGGCUCCAGCUCCGGUCCCAGAUGUGAAACCACUGGUGUACCAGACCUUGCCUCGGCUGCCCGUCCAGAAGCCGCUGCCCGAUGUCUCAGAGAGCCAGGCCACACUCUUAAGCAUUUUGCAGAAGAAGAUGAAGGAGAUGGACAGCAAAAUUAACCCAAAGAGAGAGAUGGAGUCCAGCAACGACGAAUGGGGUUCCCCCAUGUCUGACGAGGACACAAUGAUCCCGUUUACUCCCAGAACCACGCCACAGAAUAACAAGAACUAUAUGCUUCCUACUAAAAACGCACACCUGGACAUGCGGGAGUUGGAAACUAAAGUGGCCAAAAAACUACAGGACAACGCCACAGCCUCCAGCAGCGAGACAAAGUCAAAGCAACAUGGUAUGACGAUCACAGUGCGUCCUGGAACCAAACAACCCAUUACCGUUGUGAGUAAAGGGGAGCCUGCACAAGCUCUAUAAAUAUGCAACAUAUUCUUUAAAGACAAAAAGCAAUGUGUGGACCAAAUUUGACUGGCAUCAGUGGCCACUGGUUGUUGCAUUUUUAUCAGUACCAAAGUUCAUUAUUGCCUUGUUACCACAAACUUUAUUUUGCUUUUGGUUGAUGUUAUUUAAACACGGUCUUGAUUGAAAAUGUUGAUAUGUUCCAUAGUAUUUAUCAAUAUGGAAUGCUGCAUAAUGGAUAAGUACUGCUAUAUUCUUUCAGGCUUCAAAGGUCAAUGCAGUUGUUACAUAAUUAGAUUGUAAAUCAUUAAUGUUCUGUAACAAAUUAAUGAUUAUUUAGUCCACGGGACUUUAUAACCAAUUUUCUAGAUGAGGGACAGGAUUGAUUCAUUUAAUAAGAUAUCAUUAUGUUAUAUGAUGUGCAAAAGUUAUACGUUCUACAGUAGUAAAAUAAGCUCUUGUUUUGUAUCUACCAAUGUUUUCAAAUGUACAUCAAAUUGAUGUUUAUGUUUGUGUAAUGAUGAAGAAAUCAGAAAAGCUUCUGAUUGUUUGUGUUGCACGUGCCAAUAUUGAGAGCGGAUAUACAAGAGUAGUAUAUCUAUUUGAAUUGAAUUAUGUAGCAGUAACUGUCUGAACUGUAAAUAUAUAUAUUGAAAGAAUGGACCAAAUUCUAACCAACAUAACAAAGUCUGUAAAUAAAACUCUUAAAAUGAAUAAAACAUUUAAAUUGUCAA